UUGGAGUCACGCUCUCAAGUCCUAAGCACAGCAAAGCAAACAGUUGAAGCCGAGAUUGAUAGGCGCCGUCAUACCGAAUGUUGACAUGGCCGGUGGGACUCAGGUUCGUUCCGACCGAGGAAGAACUUGUCGAUCAUUACCUUAGGAGGAAGCUCGAGGGAGAAGUAGAAGUGUUUUGCCUCAUCCCGGAGCUAUAUGUCUACACGUGCGAGCCUCCGGAUCUGUUCGUUAAAUACAAUGAAUUAUCGGACAUACCGUCGGAUGGACGGGAGUGCUUCUUCUUCUGUCCCCCCGGGGACAAGAUUCCGAAUAAUCGUCGUUCUAAUAACAGGAUGACGAAAUUCGGAUAUUGGAAAGAUACCUGUGAGAAACGCGCUAUACGAUCCCCGGUCACAGGCGAGCAACGAGGGAUCAGGAAGAUUUUUGUUUACUAUGAAGGUCGACAGCCGGAAGGCCGCAAGACCGACAUAGUCAUGCAUCAAUAUCACCUAAAUUCGGAAGUGUCCGCCAGUAAAGUCUCCGGGCCGAUGGCCUUUGUUCUCUGUCACAUAAUCGACAGGAAACUUAAGAAAACGAGGUCAGCAAAAGCGAGUACUUUGGCCAGUUUAAGCAUCGAUAGUACUCCUAAUGACUUCGGAAAUGGAAUGGUGACAUGGCCGGUGGGACUCAGAUUCGAACCGACUGAGGAAGAACUCGUCGAUCAUUACCUUAGAGGGAAGCUCAAGGGAAAACUAGAAGCAUUUUGCCUCAUCCCAGAGCUAUAUAUCUACAAGUGCGAGCCUCCGGAUUUGUUCAUCAGAUACAAUGAAUUAUCGAACAUACCGUCGGAUGGACGGGAGUGCUUCUUCUUCUGCCCCCCUGGGGACAAGAUUGCGAAUAAUCGUCGUUCUAAUAACAGGAUGACGAAAUGCGGAUAUUGGAAAGAUACCUGUAAGGAACGCAAAAUACAAUCCCUGGUUACCGGCAAGCAAACAGGGAUCAGGAAGAUUUUCGUUUACUAUGAAGGUCGACAACCCAAAGGCCGCAAGACCGACAUAGUCAUGCAUCAAUAUCACCUAAAUUCAGAAGUGUCUGCCAGUAAAGUCUCCGGGCCGAUGGCCUUUGUUCUCUGUCACAUAAUCAAGAGGAAACCUAAGAAAGCAAGAGCAAUAGCAAGUACUUCGGCCAGUUUAAGCGCUGGUAGUUCUCCUAAUGACUCCGGAAAUGGACGAGCUCACGAAAUUAGUGCACAGGCAUCUGAGGAAGUUACGGUUCAAACCGAAAAUUCGAAUGAGAUGUCGAUUUCCAGUAUGGCAGACAGUAAUUCGCCUAGUAUUCCUCAGCAGGCCCAGAUGCUCGAAGAGCAAAGCUUGCUUUAUAAUGGUUAUCCGUUGGUAGAUGGGCCUAGUGAUGAAUGUUAUGCUAUGCCAUAUUCUCCGAGAGACUUUAUUGAGAUCUUGGAUCUCUGGAAUGUCGGAUAGGGACGGAUCAGUACGCUAAACUAUCUUUCAUAUAUAGAUAUAGGGCGGUCUUACUCGUACGUAGUUAUAGUAUUGUUGACAUAGGAGGGAUGUGAGAUGUGUGUACUUUUAAAAAGUGUAGCUGUGUGACUUAGAGAUUUGAGUGUGUAUGGUAUGAACUAUACAUGGUUGCUUAUAAGCAUCAGGUUGUGAAAGCAUAGAUGCUUCAAUA